UAUUCUCUCUCUCAUUAUAUUUUCUCCCACUAAAAUCAAUUUCCAAAGCAAUCACCUGCCAGUUAUUCACUCACCCUUUUUAAACCCUUGAUCCAUCCAUCUACACGCACAAAUUCUCAACAACUUGAUCAUGGUAGCCACUACGGCAGAUUAUGAUGAAAACUCACACGAUGGCCUAGAGUUCUGGCAGUUCAUGAUUGCAGGGUCUAUUGCUGGAUCAGUAGAACACAUGGCCAUGUUCCCAGUCGACACUCUCAAGACUCGCAUGCAAGCCAUUACUUCUUCAUUCAAAACCCCAUCAUUAAAUCUCAGGCAAUCCCUCGGCUCAAUUUUGAAACUAGAAGGCCUUGGUGGGCUGUAUCGUGGAAUUGCAGCAAUGGGACUAGGUGCUGGCCCUGCACAUGCAGUCUACUUCUCGGUAUAUGAAUCUUGUAAGAAAUCUCUACCAAACAAUCCGAUUGCUCACGCAGCUUCAGGGGUGUUAGCUACUGUUGCCAGCGAUGCGGUUAUAACACCAAUGGACCUAGUCAAGCAAAGGCUGCAGUUAAAGGGAAGUCCAUAUAAGGGAGUGGUGGAUUGUGUGAGGAGGGUAUUGGUUGAAGAGGGAUUUGGGGCCUUUUACGCGAGCUAUAGAACAACUGUUGUGAUGAAUGCGCCUUUUACUGCAGUUCACUUUGCUACUUACGAGGCUGCAAAGAGGGGGCUGACGGACAGUGAUGAGACUUUGUUGGUGCAUGCAACUGCUGGAGCUGCUGCUGGGGCGUUAGCUGCAGCCAUAACCACUCCCCUGGAUGUUGUCAAAACUCAGUUGCAGUGCCAGGGUGUGUGUGGGUGUGAUCGAUAUUCGAGUAGUUCGAUGGUGGAGGUGGUUCAGACAAUAAAGAAAAGGGAUGGGUAUGGUGGGCUGAUACGAGGCUGGAUUCCAAGAAUGUUGUUCCAUGCGCCAGCUGCUGCAAUAUGCUGGUCUACAUAUGAAGCUGUCAAAAGCUUUUUCUAACUACUCAAAACUACUGUUCAAUUUGGUCUAUUCCUCACUUCAGCUGGAAAAGGACCAAAACAAGAUGUUUAACAUCAAAUUAAAACUAAUACACCUGAAUACAUAGUACAUAUGAAUGGAUGCCUGUAUAUAAUAAUAUAAAUUGUUGUAUGCAAUAUAUGUAGUAAUAUAAUAAGAAUGCCAUGUUUUGAAGCUUUGAUGGAUUUGGGGUCUGUCUGUUUUAAUGUGUCCUUGGCAAUUGGCAUCUCUAUCUUUUGUUGUUCAUGGAUAUUAUCUACGAAAUAAAAUUUUCUAA